CAUUCCUCUGUCCAAGCAAAAACCAUGGCCACUUGUUCACUCAUUUCCACGCGCUUCCAUUCUCCUUCUUCUUCACUCUUUCGUUCUUCAACCAUCAAACCCACCACAACAAUUCAACUUUCCAAAACCCUUCAUCUUCACUAUCCCAACCUUUUCCUCCUUCGCCUCCCAUCACCAAAACUCACAAUACCCCUUUUACCCAAACUCUCCAUUCCCAAACCUCUUCUCCUUCUCUGCACUUCCCUCGCCCUCUCCUUCACUCUCCUCGUUUCCAACGCCGACUCCGCCGCCGCCUUCGUCGUCACCUCGCCGCGGAAGCUCCAGUCCGACGAACUCGCCACCGUUCGCCUCUUCCAAGAGAACACUCCCUCUGUUGUCUACAUAACCAACCUUGCUGUCAAGCAGGAUGCAUUCACGCUGGACGUCUUGGAGGUUCCCCAGGGAUCCGGGUCUGGCUUUGUUUGGGAUAAGAAUGGUCAUAUUGUGACCAAUUAUCACGUUAUUCGUGGUGCCUCUGAUCUCAAGGUCACUCUAGCCGACCAGUCAACUUAUGAUGCCAAAGUUGUUGGUUUUGACCAAGACAAGGAUGUUGCUGUGCUGCGUGUCGAGGCACCGAGCGACAAGCUCAGGCCUAUACCUAUUGGGGUCUCUGCUGACUUGCUUGUUGGUCAGAAGGUUUAUGCCAUUGGGAACCCGUUUGGACUAGAUCACACACUCACAACUGGGGUCAUCAGUGGUCUUAGGCGAGAAAUUAGUUCUGCUGCAACUGGUCGUCCAAUUCAAGAUGUCAUACAGACAGAUGCAGCAAUUAAUCCUGGUAACAGUGGAGGGCCUCUCUUAGAUAGUUCUGGAAACCUCAUUGGGAUAAAUACAGCCAUAUAUUCUCCAUCUGGCGCAUCAUCUGGUGUUGGAUUUUCUAUUCCAGUGGACACUGUAAAUGGUAUUGUUGACCAAUUGGUGAAGUUUGGGAAGGUUACAAGACCUAUUUUAGGGAUUAAGUUUGCUCCAGAUCAGUCUGUGGAGCAGUUGGGUGUAAGUGGAGUGCUUGUCUUAGAUGCUCCUGCCAAUGGUCCUGCUGGGAAAGCAGGCCUGCAAUCAACAAAGCGUGACUCGUAUGGUAGACUCAUUUUAGGUGACAUCAUAACGUCUGUGAAUGACAAGAAGGUCACUAAUGGAAGUGAUUUGUACAGAAUUCUUGACCAGUGCAAAGUAGGUGAAAAGGUGAUUGUUGAGGUUUUGAGAGGUGAUCACAAGGAGAAGAUCCCUGUCAUUCUGGAGCCAAAACCUGAUGAAUCAUGAUCACAAGGAUGAUAUAUAUAUACAAUUCACAUGCCAUUGCCAGAGAGUGAAUAAAGCUGUUUUAUGGGUAUUCUUUAGUUGUUGUAUCUUGCUUCAUAAAACAGCUCCAGUUGUACAUAUAUAUACAUACUAUGGAACUGAAAGCUCAUUAUCCUUUAACUUUUUCGUUUCUAAACAAUAAGUAGAGUUGGCAAACAAUAUAGAUUGAAUAAAUUUUAUUUUGAAUUAUAAUGAA